ACCGGAAGCGGGCGGUUAAAGUGAGUGAGUGAGUAGUGAGAGGAGGGGUAGAAGCACAUGAAAAACUGCGUAGCCCACUGGUGCUUGAGAUAGACGGGGCAGAAAGGUUGCCUUUCUGGGUCGUGGACGCUAUCUGGAGCUUUGCUGUACUUUUAUGCGCAACGACAGCGGAUUUACACGACCAGUCGAGGUUUCCUGGGUUUCCUCUCCAGAAGUUCCUGUUCUUAGAUGGUAACAGAGAGCUAGAAAUAAGAGAGAGAAAAUGGCAGUAUGGAUCCAGGCCCAGCAGCUGCAAGGAGAUGCCCUGCAUCAGAUGCAGUCUCUCUACGGGCAACACUUCCCAAUAGAAGUACGACACUACCUGUCCCAGUGGAUAGAGGGCCAGCUCUGGGAUGCAAUAGAUUUAGAGAACCCUCAGGAGGAGAUUAAAGCAAAGCGUUUAUUGGACAGCCUGAUCCAGGAACUACAAAAGAAAGCUGAGCAUCAAGUCGGAGAGGACGGAUUCUUGCUGAAAAUCAAAUUAGGACAUUAUGCUUCACAGCUAAAGAGCACAUAUGACCGCUGUCCCCUGGAGCUGGUGAGAUGCAUCAAACACAUUCUGUACACAGAGCAAAGGCUUGUCAGAGAGGCUACGAAUUCAAGUUCACCGGUAGGCGGGCUAAUGGACAGCAUGUCGCAAAAGUACCAUCAGAUCAAUCAAGCAUUCGAGGAGCUCCGAAUAUUGACUCAAGACACAGAGAAUGACCUCAGAAAACUACAGCACAACCAGGAGUACUUCAUUAUACAAUAUCAGGAGAGCCUUAGGAUACAGGCCCAGUUAUCGAGUUUGGCCACACUGCCACCAGCAGACCGACAGUUACGAGAACCCAGUCUGCUCAGCAAAAGAGCCACAGUAGAGGCCUGGCUGACCCGAGAGGCCAAUACCCUGCAAAAAUACAGACUGGCCCUGGCAGAGAAACACCAGAAGACGCUGGCAUUGCUACGAAAACAGCAGACGGUGAUUCUGGACGAUGAGCUGAUACAAUGGAAGAGACGUCAACAGCUGGCUGGCAACGGCGGACCUCCCGAGGGAGGACUGGACAUACUACAGUCAUGGUGCGAGAAGCUAGCAGAAACCAUUUGGCAGAAUCGUCAGCAGAUCCGGAGGGCGGAGCACCUGAGACAGCAGCUGCCCAUACCAGGCCCUAUCGAAGAGCUGCUCACCGAACUCAACGGCACCAUCACUGAUAUCAUCUCAGCUUUAGUCACCAGUACCUUCAUUAUUGAAAAGCAGCCCCCCCAGGUGUUAAAAACGCAAACUAAAUUUGCAGCGACGGUGCGUUUGCUGGUGGGUGGCAAACUCAACGUACACAUGAACCCACCGCAGGUCAAAGCCACCAUCAUCAGCGAACAGCAGGCCAAAGCCCUGCUGAAGAAUGAAAACACCAGAAAUGAUAGCAGUGGAGAGAUCUUGAAUAACAACUGUGUGAUGGAGUACCACCAGACCACAGGCACCCUCAGUGCACACUUUAGAAACAUGUCUCUGAAGCGGAUCAGACGCUCAGACCGUCGAGGGGCGGAGUCUGUUACAGAAGAAAAAUUCACCAUUUUGUUUGAGUCACAGUUUAGUGUUGGGGGAAAUGAGCUUGUAUUUCAGGUUAAGACUCUCUCUUUACCUGUGGUGGUGAUUGUUCAUGGAAGUCAAGACAACAAUGCAACAGCUACUGUCCUGUGGGACAAUGCGUUUGCUGAACCGGGACGGGUGCCCUUCAUAGUGCCUGACAAAGUGUUAUGGCCGCAGUUGUGUGAGGCUCUGAAUAUGAAGUACAAAGCAGAGGUGCAGUCAAACCGAGGUCUGUCCGAGGAGAACCUCGUCUUCCUCGCUCAGAAAGCCUUCAGCAGCUCCAGCGUCAACCCAGAGGAUUACCGCAACAUGACCAUGACCUGGUCACAGUUUAACAGGGAGAGUUUACCAGGACGAAACUUUACAUUUUGGCAGUGGUUUGAUGGGGUCAUGGAAUUAACUAAAAAACAUCUGAAGCCACACUGGAAUGAUGGGGCGAUUCUUGGUUUUGUGAAUAAGCAGCAGGCUCAGGACAUGCUGAUGUCCAAACCCAAUGGCACCUUCCUGUUACGCUUUAGCGACUCGGAAAUAGGAGGCAUUACUAUAGCCUGGGUGGCAGAGAACCCCAAUAAAGCAGAAAGUCAUAAAGGUUUGGAGUGGCAUGAAGGAGAAAGAAUGGUGUGGAACCUCAUGCCGUACACAACCAAAGACUUCUCCAUCCGAUCUCUGGCCGAUCGCAUCAGCGACCUGAACCACCUGCUUUUCCUCUAUCCUGACCGACCUAAAGAUGAGGUCUUUUCCAAAUACUACACCCCUCCGCUGUCUAAAGCUGUGGAUGGAUACGUCAAACCACAGAUCAAACAAGUAGUACCAGAGUUUGCAACACCUAAUCCUGACCCCGCAGCAAACCCCACCUACAUGGACCACGCGGCGUCUCCAGCUGUCAAUCACCAGCCUAACUACGGACUCUAUCCUGCUAUUGGUGACCCAAUGCUGGACGCCGAUGGCGACUUUGACCUGGACGACACCAUGGAUGUAGCGAGACACGUUGAGGAACUGCUCCGUCGACCAAUGGAGGGCCAGUGGAGUGGCCAACAGUCAUGACCUUCAUCUGUGACUUCUAUAUAAUGUUUCACUUUCUUCUUCGUCUUGCUUAUCUGUGGGUCUUUACGACUUUCGGUUCAUUCUCUUUUUUUCUCUGUCUGGAAUUUCUGUUUACCUUUUUUAUCCAUUGUUUUCAAAGAGGAGAAAGAAGCUACUAAAGAAAAAAAAUACUAUGAGCCUUCCUCUAAUCAAAAACCACCAAACAGUAUUGUAGAAAACGCGUCAAAUGCAUGUAAUCUUUUUCGUGUGAUUUCUUUUGCUUUUAUUCGAAUCUGCGAGACCUUGAAAACGAUGUAACUACUGUAAGGAAAGUUUUUUUUAAACUGUCAUUUUAUUUAGGAGAUAUGUAUUGCAUCUAAAGUAAAUACGAGUUGUCCUUUCUUGCAGCAUUGUUACCAUGGCGAUUGUAAUGUAACGCUUCUGUACACUAAAGAGUGCUUAGGUUGCGAGGCUGCAUGUAAAUAUUCGGGUGCACCUACUUAGGCAUCAAUAGGUUGAAUGGGUCUUACUAAAACCUCACUGUCUGUGUUCGAUCUAAACUAAACCCGGAUAACGUAAACCAGCAAAAUGCCCGAACCGUCACUCAAAUCGGAUCUUUUCAAGCGAGUUGCACACGACACCUGCUUUUAUUCAUGUAAAGGUUUAUAAUGCAACAGAAACACACGGGGGAAAUGAGAGGUCUGCUAAGCAAAUCGCUCUCUCAGAUCUCGCUACACUACACACUACCUGCUAGAAAAGAAAAUCUGCUAUGGUGUUAGACCAGAUGAAACCAGCUUGGCCAGACUAUCAAGCAAGUGAUAUUCUGCUAAUCGAAGCAUUUUUUCUGCAGGUCAGACCAUCACUGUCUCAACCUCGCUCGCUCUAUCUCACCAACACAACAGGUGAUGGCUGCUUUGACCCCAUCUGUCCUCAUGCUUUCCUCUCUAAACGUGCAAAACAAGAGCUCCUGUUGUCAUGGUUACACAUACUGCUCAUAUGCUUUUAAGUGGCCAUUGUAUAGGUUUAGCCUUACUUGACAUUACCUUGUAACCAGCCUCCAUAUACACCCGUUUCUUCAGAUUAAAGCCUUGUCCACUUAGGACACUGACGUUGAUGUAAAAUACAAAUUCUUACUAAAACUAACAAGGCGAAGCGAAAUUUACUUAUAUUCAAUAUAUAUAUAUAUAUAUAUAUAUAUGAAUUUAUUUUUUGUUAACAUAUUUCUAUUUUAUUAUCGUGAAAGCUUGAUCUCACCGUGUAGUGAAAAUGCAGCUUUACCGUGUCGCAAAGCCCUGAGAUGCUUAUCUGAAGUCAGUUUAUUACAAAACCUCAGCAAUUAUCAGAGGGGACGGCAACAGGACGUUCACUGCCAUUUCUGUAGUUUCGUUUUAAUUCUCUCGCGUGAAAGAUAAAAGGCAAAAAAAAGCCACGGUGUCGAAGUUAGCGCGAAGAGGCGUUUCCUGUGUGCUUAAAGGAAUUGUUGACCCAAAAAGUCAAAUUCUGUCAUAAUUUACUGUCUCUGUGUGACUCUUUCUUUCUUUUUUACAUGGAAGGCAAAGGGAGUUAUUUUUAGCAGAAUGUCCUUGCCGUCAAGCAAGAAUUUCAUGGCAAGAUUUUUAGUAAAUAAGGAUUGCGUGUCUGUUUUUCACACAGAUGUAUUGUAUGACUUCAGACGAUGUGGAAAAUAGUGCAUGAGUCACUCGGACAGAAUUAUUUUUUUGGUGAAAUCCUUUCAAAUAAAAUACCAUCUUUAUAUGCCUGUACCUUAAUCAUUCUCAAACAAUGGUUUGUUCCUCUUUAUGGCUCUUGAAAGUUUCAUUUUCUCCUAUUUCUCGUUCUCUUUCUCUCUCUCUCUCUGUGCAGAAAUGGACAGCAGGAAACAAUGUGAUUUUAUUUUUUAUUGUCCCUAUUUUCAAAACGAUCUGUCAUGUUGUGUAGACUCUUUCACAGUGUAGGUGUCAAUGUGUGCGUGCGUGUGAGUGUUUUGGCAUGUUUAGCUUUGUUUUGUGUUUGUCUUGUUUUUGGUUUGGCUGUAGAAAAGAGCAAUUGAAAUGACAAUAAAGGUUUUUUUU